GCUCUUCCUUUGCGGAAUAUUUUCAUCAUCUUCAACAUGACUCUUGAGGAGGUUCUGAUCCAGAAACCCGAGCGUGCUCAGUGCACCGGCAAAGCCCUGGAGGAGGUCUUGGUGUCCGCUAAAGACAACGACUCCCUCACCGUCGGUGUCUACGAGUGCGCCAAAAUCAUGAAUCUUGACCCGGACAGUGUGUCUUUCUGCGUCCUGGCCAUGGAUGAGGAGUUUGAGUGUGACAUCGCUCUGCAGAUCCACUUCACCCUCAUCCAGUCCUUCUGCUUCGACAACGACAUCAGCAUCGUCAGAGUGAGCGACAUGCAGCGUCUGGCUGAGAUUGUUGGCGACAAGGCGGAGCAGCUUGAAGAUGCCCACUGCGUCCUCAUCACGAACCCAGCUGAUGGGUCUUGGCAGGACCCUGCUCUAGAGAAGCUGCACCUGUUCUGUGAGGAGAGCCGCCGUCUGAACGACUGGGUUCCUGAGAUCAACCUCCCCGAGCCUUGAUCUGGGACUCGGCUCCUCUCUUGCUCAGAUGCUGUAAAGCUUCUUAUCUGGAAAUACUCAUCCUGAUGAACAGGAUGACCCUGUUUCUGCUCAUCCCUGGAUACUCCUGAGGAGGAUUCCCGUCCAGGCAGCACGGCGCCGGCCCGAGGGGCCCCCGUGGAUCGUCGCCUCUUGUCCCGUCCAUGCCAAGAUGACUCUCAUUCUUUAUG